AUGUCGUCAUGGGAAUGCUACUGUCGAACAGAGGGAGCCCGCGAAGGCGAUGGCAUCGAUGAUGCAUUAUCAUCAAAUAUUAUGUUGGGGACGAGCGGUGUAGGUCGGUGGCGGGUUCAGGCGGAGGGUGUCUGGAGGUUGGUAGCCUGCAGUGAUGUAGAUAGUAGGCGGUGA